UGGGGACCACGUGGUUAGUGAAAUGAUCAGCUGACUCUGUCGGAGGAGGAAGAGGGAUGAAGAUGGAAGGGAACAGAGACGAAGCUGAAAAAUGUAUAAAUAUAGCGACGAAAUCCCUCAACGCUGGAGAUAAAGACAAAGCGUUGAAGUUUCUCAUCAAAGCAGAGAAGCUGUAUCCAACUGACAAAGCCAAAGCUUUGUUGGAUGCGUUAACGAAGAAUGGGAGCUCAGGGGGAAACGGUGCGUAUCGUAGGAGGACAGCGGAAGGCUCAGAAGGUACCGGCGCACAUCCAGAGAGGGAAAGCCAAGGAGGAGGCGACUCUUCUAAAGGCUUCAACAAAGAUCAGGUUGAAGGUGUGCAAAGAAUAAAGCGGUGUAAGGACUACUACGAAGUGCUGGGUGUCAAUAAAGAAGUGAACGAGGAAGAGCUAAAGAAAGCCUACAGGAAACUAGCGCUCAAGUUCCAUCCAGACAAAAACCAUGCACCUGGAGCCACAGAGGCCUUUAAAAAGAUUGGUAAUGCAUAUGCAGUGCUCAGCAACCCAGACAAAAGACGGCAGUACGACCUGACCGGAGGAGAGGAGCCGAGCAGCCCGGGUCACUCGCACGGAGGAGGCGGAGGAGGCUUCGACUUCCACAGGGGCUUCGAGGCCGACAUCACUCCCGAGGACCUCUUCAACAUGUUCUUUGGAGGUGGCUUCCCCUCCUCAAGCGCACACACCUUUACCAACAACAGAACGAGCUACAGCCAGCAGACGGAUUCCCGACAAGAGAGAACAGAAGAAAGGGGAGAUGGUGGCUUCUCAAUGUUUAUCCAGCUGAUGCCCAUCGUGAUCCUGAUUUUAGUGUCAAUACUGAGCCAGAUGAUGGUGUCCCCCCCACCCUACAGCCUCUACUCUCGACCGUCCACGGGUCAGACCAUAAAACGGCAGACGGAAAACCUGCACGUCGACUACUACGUCGCUAGAGAUUUCAAGUCGGAGUUUAGGGGCUCAGCGCUGCACCAGAUUGAGAAAAAUGUGGAGGAGGACUAUGUAUCUAAUGUCAGAAAUAACUGUUGGAAGGAGAGACAGACAAAAACAGACCUGCUGUAUGCUGCUAAGGUUUACAGGGACGACCGAAUGCGCAAGAAGGCAGAACUUAUGACCAUGGAUAACUGCAGGGAGCUGGACAGACUAAAUAACCUAUUCAGAGGAGGAUGAAUUGGACGCUUUUAGAUCAUGUAUAUGAAUAGAUGUGUAUGUUCAUGUUUUUCUAAGGAAGAGUCUUUACACUAGGAGCAAGAACUUACUGAAAUAAUUUAGCUCUAUUGUUGAAGUUUUAAAAUGUCCCUCUCCUCAUAUCCCCCACACCAACUUCCUCACUCCAGUCUGACCCCAGGAACCGCCUUGGUGCAUCUUAAUGAACCAAUCUACACGUGCUGUAGAAAGCUCCAGACCUUUCUUUUUUUUUGUUUAGUUUUUUUUUUUUACUCUGCUUUUCUUGUAUUUUCCUGGAAGCAAGACGGACAAGGACACUUGAUUGUAAAGGCAUGUGCUUCGAGUAGUGAGAACCCAAACAAAUCACUGUCUUGAGAUCAACAAACGGCUUUCGACAUCAUCUGCUUGACAUAAAUAUAAGAUGAGAGACUUUGUAGGUUCGUUUGGGCGGGUGCUGUCCUCCAGCCAAAUCCAUUUCGUGCAGAACACGGGAACAAAAGAAGAAAAGAAAACGCAGCGCUUCUUCUCGCUUCCUACUCGCCUCCAAGUGUGGAUGACGGUCAACGGAUCAUGAAGAGAUACCUGUGAUUUUGCUACUAUAGAAUAUUUUAUGUCGUCAUCUUCAAAAUGAGAAGUUGGUUGGGACUAAACAUGGAAGGACAUUGAAACUGUUCUCAUAAAUGGUUGUACAUUUUCAUUUUUGAAUGUUUGAAGUUUAUGCAGUUAUUUAAGAAACUAUAGAAGAAACAAAGUUUUUCUUCAUUGCUCGCCUAAUCAUUUAAAUAAAGUAAAAUUAUUACCAUAGA